UUUGCUAUGUGUGUAAGAGAGCUGGCAAAAUAUACUGGGCUGAUUAUUCUGGAGUUUUUUCCAUGCCAUGUUUGUGUGUGUAAGGCUGGCAGGAGAAGUAGGUAUAUUCAUUACAUUUCCAGAUCCAUGUUAGUGGACAAGCCUGAAGGAUGCCAACAGGGAAUAACACAAAGUUCUGCUUGCAAAAAGUGUGCUAAUUGGAAGAGAAAAAAGCUGAUUGCCGACAGUGAUCAAUAACCCAGGGAAGAUAGGUUUACACACAGAGACACACACAUGGCAAUACAUGUUAUGGGAAUACCCUGUUGUGUCAGUACUGCCUGUGAAUUUCAAUGCCCUUCCAAAGAGGCUUCCUUCCAGACAAGCUGCAGGGCUGCUUGUUAAGUGUGGAAUACAUUGAAGUGAAGGGCUGCUGCUGCUUUCAGGGCAGGAAUCAGACUCUGGCUUGUUCCGUCACGCACAGCAGCCCCAGCCCAUGGCAUCCAACAGCUGAGCACAAAUCUCUGGGAAAAGUUACUCCCAUUUUAUCUCUCUGGGCUCACAGUCGGCCAAAUGUCAUGCUCUGCUCCGUCACAUUUGUUUGUGUCCAGGGAAAUGACUUGGCAAGAAGGAAACUUAAAAAUAUCUGCGAAUAACUGACUCUCCGGGGGAUGGACCGAAUAUCCUACCAGCUCCAGCAAGCUGCAGUGCACUGUUGGCGACGUGUGUCAGAUUCCGUUCCCAUAUCCUCGAAAUAGAUAUAAAAGUAAUAGAUUUCUACCAGGCAUUUCUACCAGGCCCAUGGAGUCGUUAUGAGGACAAAAAGGAUAUUUGGGAAGGAUUUUUUUCUACUUACUUGGAUAAUGGAUGGAGAGACUUUAACAUCUACAUUUUUACCAACACUAAAUGCAUCUCUGGGCUCUGCUAUGACAUUGGAGCAGAAGACAACAUUUGCCUUUGUGAUUCUAUUGUUCAUCAUUUUGGGGGUCCUAAUUAUCAGGUGCUUUAGGAUUCUUCUUGAUCCUUACAGAAGCAUGCCAACAUCUACUUGGGCAGAUGGGAUUGAUGGACUGGAAAAAGGGCAGUUUGAUUACGCCCUGGCAUAGAUGACUGAACAGAAUUAAUCUAAAUAACCUAUCAUGAGACAUUUCAUUGGAAUUAAAAUGACAUCCUAAAACAAUUCUCAGUUACAGAUAUGCGAUCUAUUAUCAGGAAACUUAUUAUCCAGAAAGCUCUGAAAUUCAGCACUGCUAUUUCCAAUAGUCAACUGUUUACAAAUAAUUGCUAAUUUCUGACUGGUUUGCUCUGUAAUAACACAGCACCUUGGUACCUUGUACUUGACAGUAAGUAAGCUAUUAUAAAUCCAUAAAUAUGGGAACACAAUCCUAUUCCUUAUUUCAUUUUAAUACCUUUUUAGUAGCCUUUGUGCUCCAGAGAUUAAAGAAAGAAGCCUUAUCAGGAAAAUUUCAGUUCCCAAGCUUUCUUUAUAAUAGAUCUCAUGCCUUUACAGUAAUUGUAAUUUUAUAUUUAGAGUUGACUAAACAUUUUUCAGUGUUAUAAUUAUAACAAAAAUAUAUAUUUUAUAUUAUAAAAAGAGGUUAUUUUUUGUUGUAGGGCAAAGGGACAUUCAGACACGUAAUGGAAGUACAGGUACGGGAUCCGUUAUCUGGAAACCUGUUAUCCAGAAAACUUCCAAUUACGAAAAGGUCGACUCCAUAGAUCCAACUUUAUUCAAAUUUUUAAAAACGAUUUCCUUUUUCUCUGUAAUAAUAAAACAGUACCUUGAUCCCAACUAACAUAUAAUUAAUCCUUAUUGGAAGCAAAAUCAGUCUGUUGGGUUUAUUUAAUGUUUACAUUAUUUUCUAGUAGACAACGUAUGAAAUUAGGGAAAGAUUAUCUGGAUUUCCCUUGGUCCUGAGCAUUCUGGAUAACAGGUCCCAUACCUGUAUAUACAAAACUGCUAUGUAAAAUAGAGAAAUAUUUUGUGUCACCCUAUAGUUGUUAUCAUAUUUCUUUUGUGUGUGUGGUGUCCACUGAAAUUGUAGGAAAGUGUGUUGAUGGGCAUCAUUGGAAAUAAACACAAUUAUUUUCCAAAGUAA